UUCAGUCAGGUCAGAUCACACCGUUUGGAAUUCAACAGGGCCCCAACAGGUGAGCAAUCAACAAGGUUUUACACGGAAGGCACUCUUCACCAUUAUGUAUGUAUGUACUGGACUGAGAAAAGAAUGCUGUUAGCAAUGGAAACCGUCGUUAUUGCGCCUCUGCUCCACGGCUAUGCUGUUUCCAGGGCCCUUACCCGAGGCUUCAAGAGACUCCGCCCCCGGCAUCGGUCACGAUCAGCCCCGAUCGAGACUCGGCGCAGGCCGAACCGCCCAAGGCGCGCCGGAGCAGGACGGCGCGCACAUCCGGGCCAGCACUCCCCUCCCGCUGAGAUAACGGUCUGGUUAUCAGGCUGUGCUUGAUGACAUCUCGGACCGCGGAGGUUUUGCCGCUCAGAGUGUGACCGUCUGCCAGCGACCGAGGACACCCAGCGGCAGCUCAGCACAGGAGCGCGGCAGUGUUCAAGAUGCGUGUCAUCCUCUUGGCAGCCCUCGCGGCGGUGGCCGCGUGCACGUCUGUCGACGAUGGCAGUCCGCAGUACAUGGCAGUGUGUUACUAUGGAACCUGGGCGGUCUACCGGCCCGGCCUGGGCAAGUUCGACGUGGAGGACGUGGACCCGAACCUGUGCACCCACCUGAUCUACGGCUUCGCCGGUCUGGACCCCUCGAAGUACACGAUCAAGUCUCUCGACCCUUGGAACGACCUGUACGAUAACUACGGCAAAGGUGCUUUCAUUCGGUUUACAAACCUGAAGCUGCGCAACCCGGCCCUCAAGACCAUCCUGGCUAUUGGUGGAUGGAACGAGGGUUCUACCAAGUACUCCAAGAUGGCGGGGAGCCCGUCCUUGCGCCAGAAGUUUGUCCAGAGCUGUGUGGAAUUCUUGCACAAGUACAACUUCGACGGCCUGGACAUGGACUGGGAGUACCCUGCGGAAAGGGGAGGCAAUCCCAUCGACAAGGACGACUACAUAGCACUGAUCAAGGAACUGAAGGCAGCGUUCCAACCGGAGGGCCUAAUCCUCACAGCCGCCGUAGGGGCGGGCAAGCCCACGAUAGACGAUGCGUACCACAUUAAAGAGAUGGGAAUGUACCUGGACAUCGUCAACGUCAUGACGUACGACUACCACGGCUCGUGGAGCCCCUUCACCGGACACGUGGCGCCUCUGUACCUCUCGCCCCUGGACAUUGAGCACGGCGAUGGAUGCCAGUACUUCAGCGUGAACUACAGCGUCAACUACUACCUCAAAGGCGGUAUCCCCAAACACAAGAUGGCCAUGGGCAUCCCGCUGUACGGGCACGGCUUCCAUCUGGACCACGCGGACCAGCACGGCCUGUACGCACCGGCCAGCCAGCCCCAGCCGGCCUGCCCCUACACCCGCCAGGCGGGCGUCUGUGGCUUCAACGAGAUCUGCAAGCUGCUGGAGCAGGGCGGCUGGACUAACGUCCGGGAUCCCGACCAGAAGGCCAUCUACAGCUACAAGGGCAGCAUCUGGGUGGGCUACGAUGACUUGGAGAGCAUGAAGCUGAAGACCGACUACAUCAAGUCGAUGGGCCUGGGUGGCAGCAUGGUGUGGUCCAUCGAGACGGACGACUUCCAUAACCUGUGCGGCUUCGGCGCGCCUAAUCCGCUGAUGACAGCCAUCUGGACGAACCUGAACGGCGACAUCCCGCAUCCAACCGGACCCACGCCCACCACCGGACCGACCACCCGGCCGACCGACCCACCGCCGCCGACACCCUCCCCCAGCCACGUGUGCAAGAGGAAUGGUCUGAACCCGGACCCUGACAAGAUGUGCUCGCCCAUCUUCUACGAGUGCGUCAGUGACGGCGACCACUGGGACGCCACGCAGGAGGAGUGCGCCAGCGGCACCGUGUUUGACCGCCUGGCCAACACCUGCGUGUGGAUCAGCGAGUCCAACGAGUGCGACCACACACAGCCCCGCCUGGAGGCUUGAGCUGUUUCGCCUCGCGAGAUCGGCCAGCGCUGGCCUCCGGCCCUAGGAGCUCGGGUAGUGUAACCUCCCCCGCGGCCUCCGCCGGUGCCGCGGUGUAACCUCCCCCGCAGCCUCCGCCGGUGCCGCGGUGUAACCUCCCCCGCAGCCUCUGCCGGUGUCGUGGUGUAACCUCCCCCGCAGCCUCUGCCGGUGUC